UAUAUAACAAAUAAACAAGACUACCAACAGCAGUAUAAAAGAACACAUUUAACAAAUAUUUGUCACAAUGACAACUUAAUUAAACGUAUACAAGAUGAAUGGCGUUCAGCUGCUGUCAAUCAUGGCUGUCUUGCUCAAAAGCACACAGGCCGACCCUUCACUUGUGCACAUUCACAAAAGAGAUCUUUGAGAGCGAAAUGAGUUAAAAACGAAUGCUAUGUUUUAUUCCUGUGGAACCAGUGAGGGAAAGCAUAUACCCUUCUCUAAACACUUGCAUGCCAACGUUAUCCUUUUGUUGUAUGUAAACAAAAUACGCUCCCACGAUUUGUAAGGCCCCGUUUUGCAACAACAAGCGCUAUAAAAUGUUCUUUCAUAAACGACAGGGCGCUUCAUGUGGAAUUUUACCACCAAUGUAGCCCUACCCCUUCCUGCUCUGUCAUUGAUAGGAAUAUAUUGUCAUUCUCAUUCUCUCUUGUGGCGCGCAGUAUUAUAUUGAUGAACUGUUAAUUUUACGUACAGGAAUUGGGGUCGGGGUUGUGCCGGGCCCAAUUUAGCCUGAACCCUGCUUGUACGUAAAUAAAUGUAAAUAUAUUUUAUUAACAUAUUGCACUGUUCAGAGCUCACAAAGUGCUUCACAUGGUUAAAAUACAAACCCUACAAUCAUUUUUCAGCAUAUAACAUAAUGCAAUUAUUGAAACUAAUAAUAAAUGAUACUAAAUAUAUAAAAUAAUACAAAUGAUAAUGGAAUAUUACUGGAAUGCACACUUAAUGUGUUUUUAACUGCCAUUUUAAAAUGUCUACGCAGCACAGGGCAGCUCUCAGCCAGUAUGGGAGUGCAUAAUGGGAUUGUAUUGCGGGGGCGUGGCUUACAUGGUCUGACCAGGAAGAGGGCAGCCUUCUCUCUGUGGCUUACAGCAGCUUGAGGUGUCAGGCCUGUGUUGACCUUUCAGAGGCACAAUGUGUGUCUGCACCUCACUUGUCAACGUGUGGGCGUAACCUUCUCCCUCUGCAACUAGUCGGCCUCUAAUGCCUUGAUUCAUUAUGAACUUUCUUACCCCUGGAGGAAGGACGUGUUUCAUUUCCUGUUUAUUUCCAAAGUGUGUGCCUUUUCCUUCCGUCGCAUACAAAUGAGCACUUUUUGCUCCAUUAACGCCACCUGUUUGGUGCACCUGUUCAUAAGAAGCCAUGGCCAGUGUCCGAACUGCAGCGGAUAGGCGGGAAGAUGGACCUGAGGGCCCCGACGGUGGUUGGGGUUGGGUGCUGGUGGCCGCCUUGUUCGUCAGCACCAGCCUGGUGUUCGGGCUCAUGCGAAGCCUGGGCAUCUUCUUCGUGGAGUUUGUGCAGUACUUCGAUGAGAGCGCUCAGGCCAUCUCCUGGAUCUCAUCCACCGGCCUAGCGGCGCAGCAGUUCUUCAGCCCGCUGGGAGCUGCCUUGUCCAACGCGUACGACACCCGCCUGGUUGUGAUGGCGGGGGGCUGCCUGGCUGCACUCGGCCUCAUACUGGCCUCACAGGCCACCUGUCUCGCCCACCUCUACCUCACCAUGGGCGUCAUUUCAGGGUUGGGCUGGGGUCUGGUCUUCAUCCCCAUGGUGGCCACAGUCAUGUCCAGCUUCACUCGGCGACGCGCCUUGGCCUUGGGAGUGGCGUUUUCCAGCAUUGGCCUGUCUUCCUUCGCUUUCAACCCGCUCUUCCAGCUGAUGGUGGAGAGGUACGCCUGGCGCGGGGCCCUGCUAAUUUUGGGGGGGCUCAGCCUCAACAUUGUGCCAUGCGGGGCGCUUAUUCCCACACGGCCGCGUCCUAAAGAUGCAGAAAAGGUGUCAGCAGAGACAGCGUCGUCAGGUGGUGGCGUCCUGCGUAGAGUCUCGUCCUAUUUGGAGCUGUCGCUGCUGUGCCAGCGGUCUUACCUCACCUACACUAUGGCCAUCACACUGCUCAACGCGGGCUAUUUCGUGCCCUACGUCCACCUGGUGGCCCACAGCAGACACGCCGGCUUCUCCCAGUACCAGGCCGCCUUCGUCAUGUCCGCUGCUGGCGCCGCUGACAUCUUUGGCCGCGUGGCUUCGGGCUGGUUCUCGGACCUGGGCCACUUCCGGCUCAUCCACUUGAUGACUGUGUGUACGGCGCUGGCCGGGCUGUUCAUCAUGUUGUUGCCCGUGAGCACCCUAUGGGGCUCCUACGCCGCCCUCAUGGCCGUCAGCCUUCUCUAUGGCUUCUGUUCGGGGACGCUGACCUCGCUGGUUUUCACCGUGGUGCCCAUGGUGGCCGGCGUGGAGCGCAUGAUGGGGGCGCUGGGGCUGCUGCAGCUGAUUGAGAGCUGGGGCGGACUGCUGGGAUCUCCUCUGUCAGGGCUGCUCAAGGACGUCACAGGAGACUACAUGGCCUCCUUCGUGGUGUCGGGCUCCUUUCUCAUCCUCAGCAGCUUGAUAAUGACCACCCUGCCACACUACUUCUCCUGCACGGAUCCACCUCCUGUGCAAGGACCCAGCCAGGAGGACAAAUGCGAGGGUCUGGCCUCGGAGACGGAGCGAAUGAAUCAGACUCCUUGUGAGGAAUGGAUUUAUCGUGGCCCUGUCAGGAACCAAUUAUCAGCUAUAAACAAAAGACGACUUGAAUCCAAAGUACAACGAGGGACAAUGGACUGUGGAAGACUUGUUCAAGGCGCUAUGGCGUGAUGAAGAGGCCCUCUCCCAUUGCCGUCCACCUGGUUGACGUCGGCGCCAUUCUGCAGCAGAAACUCGCAGGCCGCCAGGGCGUUCUGGUCAGGGAGAAUCAGACAAAACCAAAAAACCUGUCUCAAACACAAAAGUCUUCGUAGUGGUUUCCGGAAGAGUGCCGCCUCACCGCUGAGACGGCUGCGAUGAGUGGCGUGCGGGAUUCCUCAGCCGCGUUGACCCAGUUGACGUUGGCGCCGUGGGCCAACGCGUCCGCCAUAACGGGGAAGUUCUGCAGGGCGGCCGAGCGGUACAGCAGAGCCCCCGGGUGAAGGCUGCUUAGAUCUUCCUCCUCGUCGUUCAAAUCUAAGGCACCUUUGGUGAUACUCACUUGGACGGCGAGACCACUUCAAAACAAAAGCGUCGCUCAUUCUCGACACUGGGCUUGACUGUGCAGAGACGCAAGUCUUCCACCACCACCGUGGGCUGCUCCUGAGAGAAACCACACCUUCAAACACAAGGGCCACCCUGCCACCCGCUCUAUGUCCAUUCUUGUUUAGGACCUGACACAUUUUACCUUGAAUUUCUUCUGAUAUACCAGCUGGUUUUUCUGGAUGGAGAACCAGCGCCUAAGGAAGAGGAAAGUGAGAGGUUUAGUCUUUUUCAAAUGGGUUGCACCCGCUGGGAAAGAGCAGCACCUGCUCCACGUCUUGAAGGCGUUGCUGGCCCUCUUGUAGAGGUAGCCCUCCAUCACCACUCCGUCAGCGGCGUCAGGAUUGAAGUCCAUCAUGGAGUCGUCGUAGGAGACAUCCUGAAAACAUUUUGCUAUGAGCUUGCGUCCUCCUUUUCUGACAUGUUUGUCUUUAAAGUACAAGUUUUUAACCUUUUUUUUGAUGGCGGAGUGUCUUUGCUCCAUGUCCCGCUUCUCCCGUGCAGAGUUGAGGACAAACUGCUUGUGCUUUGGACACAUUAAAAGGUCAUUAUUGUCAUUUAUUCCGCUCCCUUCACGCCACACUGGCAGAUAAC